AUACAAUUCUAACCAUUUCAAUUUUAUUGCAGAUCAUGUCUAAGGCUGGACUUCACAAAUGGGUAUGCCCAACAGACAGAGAGCUUUGCUUGAGAUCAAAAUUGAACAAUGGCAUGGGAUGGAGUUACAAAAGUGUUCAAUCUGGAUUGAAACCCACGUGUACUAGAGAAUCUUUUGCAAAACAUGAGAUUGAUAAGAUUGAAGAAGUGAUCAAGAAACACAAUGAGCUGGUUCAGUUAGAAGAGGAGAGGAUUGGCAAAUUAAUGGAACGAUUUGAGAACAUGAAGUGUAGUCAGGGAGAUGGUUACAAGACAUGCUUAUUCUGCAAUGCAAGCUUUGGCUUCCUGAAGGCCAAACCAUUCCGUUGUCAUAUGUGUCAAAGAAAUGUCUGUAGUAAGUGCAAAGUAGAAACUGAGAAGAGACAAAUUGUUUUACCGAAAAUUCUUUGCCGUGUCUGCAGUGAGUAUAGGGAAAUAUGGAAAAAGUCAAAUGCAUGGUUCUUCCAUGCUAUUCCAAAGUAUGUUAUUCCCCCAAAGCUUCCAAAACAGCUUCCAAAAUUGAAAAAUUCGCCUGUCCAAAAGAAACCUAUUGAACGACCCAAUAAAGUUAACAGUGAGAGCUUUUGGGAUCCUGAUUCUGACUACCUUAGCACUACUGAUGACUCCGAAGAGUCUGAUGAUUCUGACUCUGAAGACAGUGAUAGUGAUGAAGGAGAGGAUAAGUCCAACAAAGAUGAGCUAGAUGGAGAUGAGUCAACAAGUGGAGGAAUACCUUGUGAGGAGGACCAGGUGUUGGAUGCGAUAGGAUCAGAUGAUAUUAACUCUCAAGAAAACGAGGAUGAUCUGGAAACCGGAGAGCUGGGAGCUAUUAGGUUUUCUCUUCAGUAUGACCCUAUAGAACAAAUGCUAAAUGUUAAAGUAUUUUCUGGUCAUAAGCUUAAACCAAUGGAUGUUGGAGGAACAAGUGAUCCAUAUGUUAAAUGUACAUUGAUACCAGGACACCCAAAGGCAACUAAACUCAAGACUUCAAGAAAGGAAUGUGAUUUGAAUCCUGUCUUCAAUGAAAAGUUAACAUACCAUGGAAUCUUUGACUCUGACAUAAAGACAAAAAUGGUCAGACUAACAGUAUUAGAUUAUGACAGAAUGACCAAAAAUGAUAUGAUUGGAAUAACCACAGUACCUUUAGAUGGUCUUAUCCCCCAAAAGCAACAUUUAUAUGGCGAGGUUCUCAAAGAGCCGGAAGAGGAAACACAUGAAGCAUCCGCAGUUAUAGACAGAGGAAGGAUACAAAUUUCACUGCAUUACCAAGCUAACAAAGAGCUCAAAGUAACUAUUGUAAGAUGUAGCAUGCUCAUGGUCCCUGGCUCUGACACUCUGCCAAAUCCAAUGGUAAAAGUCAACAUCCGACCAUCCUUGAAACGAAACACCUACAAGCGAAAAACAGAGAUCAUCAAGCAAACCUCAAACCCAGAAUUUGGGCAUAAAGCCAAAUUUACCUAUGACAUAAGCAGUUUUGACAUAGAAAGCAAUGAUAGAUGUCUUGAGAUAACUGUGUGGGACUGCACAGGGCUCAAAAGACACAGCUACAUCGGAGGACUGGUGUUAGGUAAGGAAUCAGGUGGCACUACCAGGUCCCACUGGGAAGAUGCCCUCUCCUCGUGCGGCCACCGUGUUACAAGAUGGCACAUGCUGGAGGGUGAAUCUACCACUACCAUUGGAGAGUCCUCCUCUAUAGAGCUCACUGAUAAUAGCCAACAAGAUGGAGUCUCUCCAGCUGCUCCUUGAACUGUAGUCUUCAGGCUGCGGAUUGUGAUGCGUCUAACUUAUUAUCUAUGAUGCUUAGUGUACUAGCUCAGAUAAAUUUUGUAUUUAAGUUAGUUCAAUAUAAACUAUUAAGUAUUAAUUGAGAAUGUCGAUAAAGUUGGAACAAUCUCUAUAUCUAGGAUGUUAAUUUAUUCUGGGACGAUCCAGUAAAAACAUUGUUCAGCCACACUGUGACAGCUGGUAUUGAUUCUAGUAGUAUGGAAGUAUUAGCGUACAAAUUGGUUCCUUGUUAUGGCUCAGGAAUUACUUUCUAGAACUUCGAUCAUCCCAAUUUUCACAGAAGUGAAAAUAGAAAUUGUUCUUGACUGAUCUGUUGUGACAUGUAUUAUGUCGAUUAAAGAUUGAAGAUUGAAGAUUCUCCACAAUAGUAAUUAGCAUUUAUUAGUAUGAUAGGAUUAGAUGAUCUAUUCUUAAAAUUAAGUCAAUUAGUAAAUUUCAUUAUAAUUUCACGGUAUCUUUAAAUUUUCAUAUUAUACAUCAUACAUAAAUAAAUUAUAAUAUUAUAAUAUAUUGAUUCUGUCAAUUUAAUAGACAUGGGGUGGUGAGGCUAAUUUAUUUUGACAUGUGACAAUUAUUCAUGGUUUUGAUUGAUCAACGCUGGAAGCUGGACAGUUAAUUGCUGUCACAUGUCAGGAAUACCUGUCCCACCUCCCGGGUGGUUCCCUUGCAGUAUUGAAGUUUAAACAAGUACAUUAUAUAAUACAUAAUUCAUAUAGUGCCAUUAUUUAUUUAAACUUCGACCAUUGCCUAGUUGCAUUUGGAUGGGGUUAGGGAGUAGGGACUGUUCUUAAUUCACAUAAUACGUUUGCGAAACCAUUAAUUUCCAGAUUUAAACAUUUCAAAUUGUUGUUAUUUUUCCGGUUUUAUUUUGAGAUUGACUCAGUAAUUAUCAUUAACUUUUAAUUUUCUAAUAUUUUGACAUGAUGGUAAUUCAGAUUAAAAUCAUUUCCAACUUUUAGUUUGCCAAUUUAUUUAUUACAGAAUGCAGAUAUUUCACAACAAUGAAAGAGUUGCCCGAAUUCUUCAGGCUAUAAUCUAUGAUUCAGCGUUUUAAAUUUACCAUUGCAUACUGGUAUCGUAAUUAUUUUACCUAAAUAUUGAUGUACUAUGCUCUUAUAAUAUUUAAAUGUUAAUUAUGAUAAUUAAUUAAUUAAUUAUGUUAACUAUGAUAAUCAUUUCCAUCAUUAUUUCGUUUAAUUCUAUGUAUCAGCA